AUGCAGCAUCAGCGCAGCCGCAGCGAUGCGGGUGAUGUCUCGUCGCCGCGCUCCAGCAGAGCUCCGAGCUUCAGCAGCGACCGGCCCUCGCUCGCUGGCUCAGUCACCUUCCAGAUGCCCUCGAGCGUGCGUCCCGCGCCCGCCUACAUCGCCGCCUCGGUCGCCUCCCAGAUUGUCACCGACAACCACAAUGCGCAGCUCCGCGAAGACACGGCCGUCUCCGUCAACGAAGAACCGGGCGCCGGCUUGUCCAAUGCGCUCUUCAGCGAACAGGCGCUGUCCCUCCUUAAUGCCUUCCUCGAUCACCUGCUCUUUGCUUUCCUGUCCACGGCGCGCUCGCCGUCGCUGACUGCGAUUCGGCCCGCCAUAAUCGACGUUUUGAAGCCGCGUUUAGCCCGGGAGGCUAUGGCGACGGCUGAUGAAGAGCUGGCAGGCCUGCUUGCCGGAGAAGAUGACGAGGAGUUCCCGGCGCAGCAAAAAAAUGAGGGCGAGCCAUGGGACGUGGAGAAGGUUUGGAAGCGUACCCGCUUGCGCAUCAUGGUAUACACGCGGCUGGGCGAAUUAGAGGACGAAGACGAGGAACGAUACGUCCAGCAAGAGCGCGGCCUCAGCAUGGACGAGAGCGACGAUGAGGAAGCCGGGCUUGUGUCGUGGGCCUCUGCUAUAUUCCUCACCUCGAUCGUUGAGCACGUAGCCGAGCAGACACUGCUCAUUUCGGGUCAAGCCGCUUUCACCAGGCUGUCUGCGAGAAUGCGGAAGAUGGCCCAGCAGUCCCCGGACAGCGAAGAGCAACAGCUGGAGCGACUUAUCGUGGAAGAUUUCGACGUUGAAAAGGUUGCCCUCAACUCAGCGCUUGGUAGACUCUGGAGAACCUGGAGGAAGCGUGUGCGGUCCCCCAUUACGCCGCUUUCGCCGCGCGGCAUACAUAGCAUGAGCAGCUACACAAGUCUCCACCGACGACACCUGAGCCAUGACACCGACCACGGCUCAAUGAUCGACGGUGUCCCCGAAGUACCCGAAUAUAAACCCACAGAGACGGAGAUCGCGGCCAACAUUCCUCUUCCCAUUGGUGAUAACGACAUCAGGGAGAUAGAGGUCCCAGGUCUUGCGCGUACCUUUGAAGAGGAUGAGAGUAGCGGCGCGGAGACUCCCGUCACACGUCCGCAGCGCCCAACUAGCGUCAUUAUGCUCGCGCCUGCCGAACUUCUGAGGAACAGAGUUGCCAAGGAGCGACCUCUGUCCGUCCCACCCCCGCAGAGAAAGUCUCUCGUUCUACCGGUAUUUUCCGAGCAGGAAUCAGAGGAGGAGGCGGAUGACCUGCCAUUUGAGACCCCUAUGGAAGCUAUGGAGCCAACGUCCGAUGACGAUUCUUACAUUCACGAUGAACGCCAGGAAGACAUGCACCACGACAACGAAGAGAACGGUGACCACGAAGCGGAUGCGGACAUGGUGGCAUUCGCAGCUUCAACUGGUAUGGGUUUUGGCAUGACUCCCCCCGGCGGUCCGAUUCGUACAGAGAAGAAGAGCACCCUCGGCAAGGAAGAAGAUUCGGCGGAUACCCCAACACAAUCGAAUUACAAUGGAGAUUCCCGCGUUUUUGUAUCGAAACGCAUGUCUCUCGAGAAAACAGGACCGCCUGGCAUUGUACGUACCUACUCGACCCGAAGCUCGAGCUUGAGAAGUCAAAACAGGAGUCAGCCAAACUCCCCUGGUAUGACUCCCAAUAUGGAGGCAAGAUCAUUUCUCGAGGAUGAUAAUUCGGAGGACGAUACCCCUGGACCAGAAGCUAUUGGAGUUGCACACACCUCGAACAUUCCGAUACCUUCACCCUCCCCUUCGGCCGAAGUCAACGGUGCCGAGAAGGCGCUCGGUCACGCCAAACAUCCUUCGCAUGGAGGAUACGUGGAGGUUCUCCCACGCCAAAUUGCCCCUACUGCCAUUCACGUUCGUAGCACUCCUACACCAGACGGGACUCGGGGACCGUCAGAGAUACCCGAUGCCCGUAAAGAGGUUCAACGAAGGGAUGUACCGCAACCCUACGUACACGUGCCCCAGCCGCGACCGCGUGAGUUCACCCCACCAGGAACGCGAUUGUCGUCGCUCCAGGAGACCGAAGCGUGGCAAUCAAAACAGCAGCAGCAUCAACCAAGUAUACCAGUGAAAUCUGCGCGCAGGGGGAGCCCUUCUGAAGGCAGUGGUCGUUACACAUCGCCACAGCGUGCUCGCGAGCCUAUCGUUGCCGUCGCUGAGCGGCCCGCUCACCUCAAAUCAAUCGAAGGCUCGCCACGUUCUCGAUCUGGACCGACUGACGGACCUGCCGAUACCAAAACCUCGCUCAAGCGCGUUUCCUCCUCCUCUUCCUCAACUGCUGGUCGAUCCGUUGGGACAUCCAUCCUUCAUAGCGGACGUGAAUCAAGUACCAGUCUCGAUGGCCGUCCACGCGGUCUCAGCGGUCGCAUGUCAGAGGAGGACCGACAGCGAGAGUUCGAUUCGUUGGUCAGAAGUGACGAGACCGUGAAGGUAACUCUCACUCCUCAAAACAUGCGUGACAUGGAUGAAGCAGCUGUCGUGCGGCGUGAAUCGCCCAAGCCUUCCCCCAAACCGGCCAAAUCCUCGGUCACUGUGUACCCACGUGUCAAUGCAGACAAGGACAGCCAAUUUGGAUCCCAGCACCUUCCAACUCGGACAUCGCCGCGAAGUAAUGGACCCACUCCUUCGUCAAGCAGCAAGGGAUCCAUGAAGAAGCCAUUGGCAAGGGAACCGCAAGUCAGAGGGGAUUCCAUGCGUGAUUUCGCCGACUUCAUCCGUUCCACUGGACCAGCACCCGGUGAUGAGAAGCCUGUACAGCGAUUUGCGCUCAGUGGGACUGGUGCUAAGCCGAACAAUGGCUCUUCUUCCUCAAUCGGCGGACUUGGCAGGAAACUGUCAACACGUCAGACUUCUUCCCAUUCUCAUUCCAGUUCCCUUGCUGGGGAUGGCCCUUCCGCAAAACCUCGCAUACACAUGGAGCCUCGCAGUCCCGCCGGUCAACGCAGCGGCAACGAUGACUUGAUUGACUUCAUCCGCCAAGGUCCCCCGAAUUCGAAUAACGGCCAGCCUAGAAUCCCCCGUUCGGUCGCCCCAUUUCGAACGACUGUAGACUCUGAUCAAUUCGACCACAUGCUAGACAACGGCAACGUUGAGUCGGCAUAUGGCUCGCAAGUUUCCACUGUUUCCAAACAGUCUUCGCAGACUUCAAACUCAAAAACCGGCCUGAUUCCGAAGCAGAGUGUGACCCAGCCUGCGUACUCCAAUACUCCGCAACAAUUAUCAGGCAGCAUGUCGAAUGUUGAGCCCCAGAUCACGCGCACUCGCCGUCGUAUUAAGGACCCCUACGCUAUUGAUUCUGAUGAUGAAGAUGAUGAUCUCUUGACGGCCCUCCCCACAUCCAACAAGCCCGUUCACAGAGAAGAGAGCAUGAUGGACUUCCUUAACAGCAUGGAACCUACAUCCAAUAGUCCACCACAAGCCUUCAUGCUCAGCCCAGAAACCAUAGCCGCAGCAAAAGCCCGCGCAGCCGCUGGCAAGGGUGGUGCUAAUGGGCAUUCUCACACCAACAGCUUGACUUCGUCGAUUUCCGCGCCCAGGAACGGGACGAACAGCCGUGCAGGCCCUUCACAGGCCCAUAUUUCGACUUCUGUUGCCUCGAAUCCCCCUCGAGGUGGCUACAAGCCCAAACUCCAAGCCCGUGGCGCGGCUAGUGAACCUCGCGCUGGUCGGUCUGCUACCAAUGAUCUUGCUGAUUUCCUUCGUAACUCAGGACCUCCUGAGCCUCCGGCCCCCGCUCCGGGUGCGACAAUCAGGAGGGAAGAGAAUAACAUCGCCGCCCUCAUCCAGGACAUCCAGAAUGCCUCACCGUCCACGGCCUACUCCACGAACACUGCAGACCUCACUCCCACAUCCUCUACAAGCCACUCAUAUGCACCGCCUGAGCAGAUAUCGAAAGCUGUAUUCUACCCCAAGACUACAGAAGAUACGUCCGUCAUUCUGAAAGCAUGCCAUAGGAGGAGAAUAGCGGUAACGGCGUAUUCGGGCGGGACGAGCUUGCCGGGUGCACUGACGAACAGUCGGGGCGGAGUUUGUGUGCACUUUGGAGGCAUGGACAAGGUUAUAGGUGUGAGUGAGGGGGAUUUGGAUGUAAGAGUGCAGCCCGGGAUUGGGUGGGUGGAGUUGAACGAGUAUCUUGCACCGAAAGGACUGUUCUUUCCUGUAGACCCAGCGCCUGGUGCAAAGAUCGGCGGGAUGGUUGCAAUGUCAUGCUCAGGCACGAAUGCAUACCGCUACGGCACGAUGAAAGAGUGGGUCAUCUCCCUGACGGUCGUACUCAGCGACGGUACCAUUGUCACCACGCGCAGACGCCCGCGGAAAUCCUCCGCUGGCUAUGACCUCACGCACCUCAUUAUCGGCUCUGAAGGUACACUUGCCCUUGUUACAGAAGCCGUGCUAAAGAUUACUCCUCUGCCCCAGAAUUUGCACGUUGGUAAAGCGACUUUUCCGAGCUUACAACAAGGCGUCAGCUCCGUCAAGCAGAUCUUGCAAAGCGGAAAUCUACUCGAAGCCAUUGAGCUCGCCGACAAGCCUUCCAUUGUAUCCAUCAACCAUUCCAAGCUGGCAAAAGAGCACCUCGAAGAAACGCCCACGCUGUUCGUGAAAUUCGCUGGUUCUAAGGAAACAGUCUCCUCGCAGAUAGCGUUCGUGAUGAAAACAUGCAAAGAAAAUGGUGGACUAGCCUUCGAAGCGUCGAGCGACAAGCAGAGGAUAGACGUCAUCUGGGGUGCCCGAAAAUGCCUCGGCAACGCCCUGGUCACGAUGAAGAAAAUUCCCACGGACCUAUUCAUCAGCACGGAUGCGGCAGUGCCGAUCAGCGCUAUGGCUACGCUCAUUGAGGAGACGAACGAGAUCAUUGCAAAGAGACCUUACGAUACGUCGAAAUGGUUUUGUGCGAAUGUUGGACAUGUUGGAGACGGCAAUGUACAUACGGCUAUUGUAUGCCCGGUUGAGGAUAAAGAGAAAGCGGAGCAAGUGCUUGUGGAAGUGCAGAGGCUGGCGUUGACAUUGGAGGGCACUAUAACAGGAGAACAUGGGGUGGGUCUGAAGCUGAGAGAUAUGCUGGUUGAGGAAGUGGGUGAGGCUGGUGUUGGAGUCAUGCGAGCGGUGAAGAGAGCGUUGGAUCCCAGGGGCAUCUUGAACCCUGACAAAGUGUUCAGGCUGGAGGCGGAGAAGGGCACGAUAGGGGGAAGGUUGGAGAAGUUGUAG